UGUCCAUGCUCUCUUCACACUUUCUCACAUUUCACUCUUUCAAAUCUCUCUCACACACUCUACUUCAUUACUUUGUCCUCUCCUUUUUCUUUCUAUUUCAAGUUUUCUCUCUUAAUUUCUCAUAUAACUUCUUUUUUCAAUGCCACAAUGUUGUUGAAACACUCUCAUGCCAUUACCUUCAACUUCAAGUCACUACCAUUGUGUGGAAAAUCAUAAGAGAUAUCAAAAUAUGGAUGUUGGUUUUGGUUUUGGUUUUAGUUAUAAAAGGUUGUUUCUUGGAGCAUUGUUAUCUUUAGGCAUCAUGUGGUUUAUUUUCCUUGCAAUUUCAUCAAUGAAUCUUCAAACAAAAAGAACAAUUCAUGUUCCAAAUCCAAUGAAUGUGAAUGUUAUCUCCAAGCAAUUAAAGUUGGUUGGCAUGCAAAGACAUGUCUUGCAUUCAGAUUCUAGACUUGUCUUUGUUAGCAAGAGAAGAGUACCUAAUGGACCUGAUCCAAUACAUAACAGGAGAGCAAGGAAAUAUAGACAACCACCUAAUCAAGCAUGAACUUUGUGAAGUUCCACAACUAGUUUGAGCAAAAAUCAUAGAAGAAAUCAUUAUUUUUGUGUGUGGAAGAAUUUAGUGUGUUCUAUAAGAUAUUGUUGUUACAUAGUAUUGAAGUGUUUUUAAGGCUAAAGUGUGAUCUUAAUGCCCUCUCUUUUUUGUUCUUUGUUUUUCUUCACUUGGAAUGUACCUUUUUUGUUGUUGUAAAAUGUAAAUCAAGUUGUUAGGUAAUGAAUUAAC